AGUGUAUCCAUGUAGUGUUUACCAGAGCUCCCUAUAGCAGCCUUCCUGGAGCUGUCUACGUUACACUCCCGUCAUUGGUGGCUUUCAACAUUCUUCGCCUGCCUGUCAUUGGUGGCUUCAGGUCCUGAACGGCUGCUCUUCUCCAAAGCUGUGUCCCAAAUGGCACCCUGUUCCAAACGUAGUGCUCAUAGGGCUCUGGUCACCCAUAGGGCUCUGGUCUAAAGUAGUGCACUAUAUAGGGAAUAGGGCUCUGGUCUGAAGUAGUGCACUAUAUAGGGAAUAGGGCUCUGGUCACCCAUAUGGCUCUGAUAUAAAGUAGUGCACUAUGUAGGGAAUAGGGCUCUGGUCACCCAUAGGGCUCUGGUCUAAUGUAGUGUACUAUGUAGGGAAUAGGGCUCUGGUCACCCAUAUGGCUCUGAUAUAAAGUAGUGCACUAUGUAGGGAAUAGGGCUCUGGUCACCCAUAGGGCUCUGAUAUAAAGUAGUGCACUAUGUAGGGAAUAGGGCUCUGGUCUGAAGUGGUGCACUAUGUAGGGAAUAGGGCUCUGGUCUGAAGUAGUGCACUAUGUAGGGAAUAGGGCUCUGGUCUGAAGUAGUGCACUAUAUAGGGAAUAGGGCUCUGGUCACCCAUAUGGCUCUGAUACAAAGUGGUGCACUAUAUAGGGAAUAGGGUGCCGUAGGGCUCUGGUCUAAAGUAGUGCACUAUAUAGGGAAUAGGGUGCCGUAGGGCUCUGGUCUAAAGUAGUGCACUAUAUGGUGCCAUUAGGGACACCCUCAUGAAGUCAUGCCCCCUGCCCUCCUACACCACAUUGACAGAGACACCCUUCCCCUAUAUUUAGCAAUGAGCUGCACUUGAUGCCAGACAGACCAGAAAGUCAAGCUUAUUGGCCAGCUGCCCUGUCAAUCACCUCAACCAGGCUGGGGAGAUGGGCCAGGGGCUCUCAUAGCAGACGUUAGAGAGUGCCCUCAGCCCUGGGCCAAAUGUAACCCCGGGGGAUAGAGGGAGGGGAUAGAGGGAGGGAGAGUUGGUCUUGGCUAGCAGCAGUAUCAGUAGCAGCGGUGUUCAGCUGGUUGGAAGGGAGAGAGGGUCGGAGAGGAACUCUAGGAGUGAAGACAGGGAGAGAGGGUCGGAGAGGAACUCUAGGAGUGAAGACAGGGAGAGAGGGUCGGAGAGGAACUCUAGGAGUGAAGACAGGGAGAGAGGGUCGGAGAGGAACUCUAGGAGUGAAGACAGGGAGAGAGGGUCGGAGAGGAACUCUAGGAGGGAAGACAGGGAGAGAGGGUCGGAGAGGAACUCUAGGAGCGAAGACAGGAGUGUGUUGGUGUGUCCCGUAGUGGGGAACGGUCUUGUUGUGGCCAGAGCUGGUCUGGUGUUUCCUGUCCUUUCAAGGGCAUUCCAUCUGCUGAGACCUGGACAGGAGAGAGAGCGGCCAGGAGCAACCAGCCACAUAGGCCUCACUGGGUUGGAGAGAGAGAGAGAGGGACGGGGGAGGAGGGAGAGACACAGAAGGAAGGAGGGUACGAGGGGAGCCACAUGGUCUCAGUCCCACAGAGAGCUACUCUUCUGGGGACAGUAGACUGACAAGCCACAGUAAUCUGGUACUACCAUGGGGGACUGGAACCUGUUGGGGAAGUUGUUGGAGAAAGCUCAGGAACACAGCACCGUAGUGGGAAAGGUCUGGCUCACGGUCCUCUUCAUCUUUAGGAUCUUGGUCCUGAGCGCCGCAGCAGAGAAGGUGUGGGGGGACGAGCAGUCGGGGUUCACCUGCGACACCAAGCAGCCUGGAUGUGAGAACGUCUGUUAUGACAUCACCUUCCCCAUCUCUCACGUCCGCUUCUGGGUCCUCCAGAUCAUCUUUGUCUCCACGCCCACCCUCAUUUACCUGGGUCAUAUAUUACACCUGGUGAGGAUGGAGGAGAAACAGAAGCAGAGAGAGAAGGACGCAGAGCGGACCGGGGAUAAACCACCCUUGCUGGAGACCAAGGCCUGUAAGGCCCCGGUGAGGGACGACAAGGGUAGGGUUCGACUGAAGGGGGAACUACUCAGGACCUACGUGUUCAACGUCAUCUUCAAGACGCUGUUCGAGGUGGGCUUCAUCGUCAUGCAGUACCUGCUCUACGGCUUCCAGCUGCAGCCCAUGUACACCUGUGACCGCUCGCCCUGCCCCAACACAGUCAACUGUUACAUCUCCCGACCCACAGAGAAAACCAUCUUUAUCAUCUUUAUGCUAGUAGUGGCCAUUUUGUCUCUGUUCCUCAACCUGAUAGAGAUGUACCACCUGGGGUCCACUAAGUGUCGCCAGGGCAUCAAGUACCACCGGGAGGAUCUGAGCUCAGACUCCAAGGAGCCCAGCGAGGUGGACGAGGCAGUACCCUACGCUCCCAGCUACGACCCCUACCACGGAGGCCAGCCAGCCUACCAGGUCCAGUCGGCAUACCCUCCUGUCCCCAGCUACAACAUGUCCCCUCUAUCUGAGGAGACUGACUCCACCUACCAGCCCUACCACAACAAGGCAGCCUUCAAGCAGAACAGGGACAACUUGGCGGUGGAGAGGAGUGGCAGCAAGCAGCCGGACGAAGAGGGGGACUUGAAAGGGAAGAAAGGCGGAGGAGAAACGUGGGGGGGAUCGGAGCCAGGUUCCCCAUCUCUAGCCCGGGCUGGACGUAACGCUGCUAAACACGGCAACAACAAGACCAGAAUAGACGAUCUGAAGAUCUGAGAGGGGCUUAGGUUGCUGUGACGAUGUCUCGGGUUCCUGCCGAGGGUCUUAUGUUGCUUGAAAAGCAUUCUUAGGGGAUCUGUCCCAAAUGGCAACCUAUUCCCUAUUUGGUGCACUACCUUUGACCGAGGCCUGAGACAGUCCAGGGCUCCGGUCCAAAGUAUAUCACUAUAUAGGGAAUAGAGUGCCAUUUGGAACAGAGAUGUGUCCAACAGACCCGAGGCCAUCCUGCCCCCCGGUGGCCUGGUGGCUGGCAGAGCUUUGACUCACUGGGGGGGGAAAUUACAUUUGUAAGACACACAAAUAAACUUUGAACGUUACGUUUGUAAAACACGAUCUAUGAAGGACAAAUAAAUUCACUGUUACGUUUGUAAAACACGAUCUAUGAAGGACAAAUAAAUUGACUGUUACGUUUGUAAAACACGAUCUAUGAAGGACAAAUAAAUUGACUGUUACGUUUGUAAAACACGAUCAAUGAAGGACAAAUAAAUUGACUGUUACGUUUGUAAAACACGAUCAAUGAAGGACAAAUAAAUUGACUGUUACGUUUGUAAAACACGAUCUAUGAAGGACAAAUAAAUUGACCGUUACGUUUGAAAACACGAUCUAUGAAGGACAAAUGGGUUUCAUAAUAGCUGACGAACCGCGACGUCUAAAAAACUAUUUUAGAAACCCCUUCUGGUCCUGGUCUCUACGUGGAAUAGAAGGAUUACGUCCUUUAAAUACAACAACUAUUAUAUUGAACAUGUUUGUGAAUUUCAGACUCUGGAGAAUGAGAGGAUAUAUUCGACAUGUAGUUAUUGAACGUGUUGUGUUACUGACGCUAUAUUGGGGAAAAGGAUGUUAUUUAACAUUUGACCAAGUAAAAACAUGUUUGAAUCAA